CUUUGCUCUGUACCCCAAAAUGGUGCAGGCCGGCUUUCUCCUUGCCGCGUUGGUGUCUGUCUCCCACGGUUCCUAUGUCGACCCAGCGGUGUUGGACCAGUGUUCAGGGUAUGAUCUCGAAGAUGCGACUUGGCAGGGAACAUCGUUCAAGGCGAAUCUCAUUCUACGACCUGAGGGAUGCGCUGUGUUCGGGCCAGACAUUUCAACAUUGUCACUUGAAGUGGUGUACGAAACUGAAACACGAAUCCAUCUGAAAAUUGCUGAUCCCCACAAUGCGAGGUACGAGGUCCCGGAAUCCGUCUUGGUGCGCCCAUCGUCGAGCGGCGACAUCGUCCCGGACAACGCUUCUAUCCAAUUCAAUUACACGGCAUCGCCCUUCUCGUUCUCUAUUUCUCGUACUUCAACCGAGGAGGUACUCUUCACGACCGCAAACCAUCCGCUCAUCUACGAGUCGCAGUAUCUGCGCGUCAAGACGAGUCUCCCGCAGGACCCGAGCAUUUACGGUCUUGGCGAGCACACGAACCCAUUCCAGCUGCCCUUGAACACAACCUUGACGUUAUGGUCACGCGAUGCAUAUUCCGUUCCCAACGGGACUAACUUGUACGGCAACCAUCCUGUCUACUUUGAGCAUCGUACUACUGGGACACACGGCGUGUUCUUGCUCAAUUCAAAUGGCAUGGAUAUCAAACUUAAUAAAACAGAGUCCGGCGAGCCAACGCUCGAGUACAACGUCAUCGGGGGCGUCCUUGACUCUUAUUUUCUUGCCGGUAGCGAGUCGAGUCCUGUCGAGGUUGCGAAGCAGUAUGCAGAGGUCGUCGGACUGCCGGCUGAGGUACCCUAUUGGUCUUUCGGACUUCACCAGUGUCGCUUUGGCUACCAGAAUUUCGUUGACGUUGCUAAUGUCAUUACGAACUAUUCGGCUGCAGAAAUACCCCUGGAGACUAUGUGGACCGAUAUCGAUUACAUGGAUGGGCGCAAGAUCUUUACCGUUGAUCCCAAUUACUUCCCUUUGGACAGGAUGAGACAGAUUGUUCAGUACUUGCAUGAUCAUGGCCAGAAGUACAUCCUUAUGACCGACCCCGCCGUGGCAUUACAGGAGGGUUACGAACCAUAUGAUCGCGGAACCGAGAUGGACGUUUGGUUGAAGAUGCCCAAUGGUAGUGCAGUUAUAGCGCUUGUCUGGCCUGGUGUUACUGUCUAUCCUGAUUGGUUCCACCCGGAUAUACAGGAGUACUGGAGCCAAGAGUUCGAACAGUUUUAUAACCCGGGGCAAGGCCUUGAUAUUGACGGCGCAUGGAUCGACAUGAACGAGCCUUCCAACUUUUGCGUCCUGCCUUGCGAAGACCCGUACCAGCAAGCGCAGGAACAAGCGUUGCCUCCUCCCAGGACGUCUCUGCCUCCGGAUCAUAACGCGCCUAUCUUCGGCAACUCGACUUCAGCAUCGAAGAGAGAACUCGCGAAAAGAGAUGACCUUUUGGAUCCUCCCUAUGCCAUCAACAACGCAGCGGGGGAGCUGUCUAGCAAAACCGCAUGGACCAACGCAACGUCUGCGAAUGGUUUGAGCCAGUAUAACACGCACAAUCUAUAUGGAACCUUGAUGUCUAAUGUAACGCGGAACGCGAUGCUGAACAGACGUCCGGGCUUGCGGACUUUGGUCAUAACUCGGUCGACAUUUGCAGGCGCGGGCAACUACGUUGGCAAAUGGCUUGGUGAUAAUGUCAGCACUUGGUAUCACUACAGGAUCAGCAUUGCUGGUAUGUUGGGCAUGGCCAGUGUGUACCAGGUUCCCAUGGUAGGAAGUGAUAUAUGUGGGUACGCUGGAAACACAACAGAAACCCUGUGUGCUCGCUGGGCUAUGCUGGGAGGGUUCUAUCCGUUUAUGAGAAAUCAUAAUUCGGACACCUCCAUUUCGCAAGAAUUCUACCUUUGGCCUACUGUAGCCGAAGCGGCUAGAAAGGUUCUUGAUAUGCGAUACCGUCUCAUGGAUUACAUCUAUACCGCUUUCCAUACAGCCAGUCUUGACGGAACGCCCGUGCUCCAGCCUUUGUGGUUCCAGUACCCUGCCGACAAAGCGACGUAUUCCAUCGAUCUCCAGUUCUUCUACGGUGACUCCAUUCUUGUGUCGCCCGUAACAGACGAAAACUCAACUUCCGUUAAUAUCUACCUUCCCAAUGAUACCUUCUACGACUUUACGUCUCUUACUCCCAUUAAAGGCGCUGGCCAACAAGUCACCCUCACCGAUAUCGGGUUCACGGAUAUUCCAGUAUUCAUCAAGGGAGGAAGGGUCCUACCUCUCCGGGUUCAGUCGACUAUGACGACCGUUGAGCUUCGGAAGGAGGACUUUGAGUUUGUCGUCGCGCCCCGUGCGGAUGGGACUGCCGCGGGAAGGUUGUACGUGGAUGAUGGAGUAUCGAUUAAGCAGAAUGCGACCACAGAGGUGGCGAUGAGCUUUGCGAAUAGCAAGUUGGAAGUCUCUGGCAGCUUUGGGUACAAUUCUGGUGUGAAUGUCGUGAGGGUGAGAGUACUAGGGGUUGAGGCCAAGCCUGGGUCGGUUUAUGUGAACAACCGUGAGGUGAAGGGUGACGACUAUGACGAGGCCAACAAGGUUUUGGAUGUUCCUGUUGGGCUACCGCUGAACCAGGACUUCUCAGUAUCUUUUUCAUAAGGUUUUGUGACGUUUCUUCUUUAAAUUCGAAAUGUAUCAAGUGGAAUGGACAAUACAUUUGUACUACAAAAGCAUAUAACAUAAGCACAAAGAUAGGGUACCAAAAAUGAACGACU